AUGCACUUCACGACGCCAAGCCUCCUCGCCCUCCUCCUCUCAACGGGAUCCUCCCUCCCGACCCCCAAAGACGCCAAGUUCUUCACCCCUGACGCCUUGGACCCGUCCGUCACCGACCUGAGCCAGCACACGGGCCGCAUCGGCGUCGACCGCGUCGACCUCAACAGCCUGCGUGUCGACCCCGUCAGCGUGCUCAGCCAGGUCGCCGAGUCCUCGACGCAAACGGCCCCUUCCCUCACGCGACGCGGCGACGUGCUCCUCGAGCCCGAGGAUGGCCGCAUCGGCGGCAGCCACUCGCCGAUCCAAGUCGACCGCGUCGAGGCCAACGUGGAUGUCCAUAGACCGUCACCGCACGUCGUCGCGUCGGGGAUGCAGGGGAAGUCGGAACCGGGGGGGGAAGCGGCGGAGGCGGCGGAGCCGAGAGUGUCCGGGGAGCAGGCGGAAAAGAAGGAAGACGCCGCGGGGCCGGAGCCGGGGUCGGGGCCGAACCCCGAUUACCUGCCCAAGUUUAGGGCCGACUACGACGCUGGUGAAUGGGUUGACCACUAUUGAAGGAGGCGGGGGAUUCGUGUGCCGCCUGUCGCAGAGGGCGAUUGUUUGAUUUACUUGGACCGAUUGGAGACGAAACUGCUGUUUACCAUGUCUCAGGUGCGAAUGGGAUCGAUCAAGUGGGAAGAAAGGCGUCUUCGGAGUUUUUUUUAU